UGCUCAACCCGAGGCGCACUCCUUCGCGCACGCAAACACACACACACACACACGCACGCACCCGCACAGGGACGCGCGCACACAUUUUUGGUGGCGGUGGCGGGGAUGCGCGUGCUGCAGCAGCCGGAGAGGGGAUCCUAAUCCGGAGUCUGCCAGGGCCGGUUCACUUCUCCACUGGAGGGCGAGUGGAACAACAUCACCGGGACACUCCGGCAGCGGGGUCGUAGGGGUGUGGGGGGGGAGGCGGGGAGACGCACACACGGACCGGACAGUCGGACGGGAGACGGGAGAGAGGAGGGCAGCUGGGAGACACACAGACGGAGACAACACAGAGAGAGAGAGAGCGAGAGAGAGAGAGAGAGAGAGGGUUGGGGGGGGGAACAGGACUCCUGCAAAGCAGCAUCUCUUUUUCCGCCGUGGGACUAAACCCGAGCCCGGUCCCCCGUCGCCGAAACCACGCCAAGGCAUGAGCUUCUCCCACUGAACGUUAUUGAUGCUGAACUGAGCGGUCCACUGCUGUCCUCUCCAGUGUUACCCCUCCCCUCAAUUCUUCUGGACCCCUGUCAGUCACCCGGUGUGUGAGCAGCCAUGACGAAAUCCUACGAAUUCAACUGGCAGAAGCACCUGCCCGAGUUCAUGCAGGAAGGCGCCUCCUUCGACCGGUUUGAUGAGGACCCGUUUGUCUUUGAGCCCAACUGUCAGAUGAAGGUGGACGAGUACGGCUUUUUCAUCUGCUGGAAGAGUGAGGGGAAGGAAGGUCAGGUUCUCGAGUGUUCCCUCAUCAACAGCAUCCGCGUCUGUGGCGUCCCAAAGGACCCCAAGAUCUUGUCGUCAUUCGAGGCCAUCGGGAAGACAGAGGCGGACCUGGAGGGCUGCAUCAUCUGCAUCUGCAGCGGCACCGACCUGGUCAACCUCAACUUCAUGUUCAUGGUGGCGGAGAGCCCCGACACAGCCAGGAAGUGGAUCGAGGGUUUGCGCUCCGUCAUUCACAACUUUAAAGCCAACAACGUCUGUCCAAUGACCUGCCUCAAGAAGCAUUGGAUGAGAAUGUGCUUCCUGACCAAUGUGAAUGGGAAGAUUCCUGUGAGAGGCAUUACUCGAACAUUUGCAUCAGGAAAAACGGAGAAGGGGAUCUUCCAGGCUCUGAAGGAUCUCGGCCUGCCGAGUGGAAAGAACGAUGAGAUCGAACCGUCAGAUUUCACCUACGACAUCUUCUACCUGCUCACACAGAAGAUCUGUCCCCGCACGGACAUAGAGGAACUCUUCAAGAAAAUCAAUGGGAACAAAACUGAUUAUUUAACUGUAGAUCAGUUAGUCAGCUUUCUGAAUGAAAAUCAGCGGGACCCUCGGUUAAACGAGAUCCUGUUCCCGUUCUACGACCCCAAGAGAGCCAUGCAGAUCAUCGAGAAAUACGAGAGGGACGAAGAGUUGAAGAAGAAAGCAUGCAUGUCCAGCGAUGGGUUCUGCCGGUACCUGAUGUCAGACGAGAACGCUCCAGUCUUCUUGGACCGGCUGGAGCUGUACCAGGACAUGGAGCAGCCCCUGGCCCACUACUUCAUCAGCUCCUCCCACAACACCUACCUGAACGGGCGCCAGUUUGGAGGAAAGUCUUCGGUAGAGAUGUACCGGCAGGUGCUGCUGUCAGGGUGCCGAUGUGUGGAGCUGGACUGCUGGGAUGGGAAAGGCGAGGACCAGGAGCCCAUAAUCACUCAUGGCAAAGCUAUGUGUACAGACAUCCUGUUCAAGGAUGUUAUCCAAGCCAUCAAAGAGACGGCCUUCGUCACCUCAGACUAUCCGGUUAUUUUGUCCUUUGAAAACCAUUGCAGUAAACCACAGCAGUACAAGAUGGCCAAGUAUUGUGAGGAGAUCUUCGGUGACUUUCUCCUCAAACAGCCUCUGGAAAACUACCCGAUUGAAGCGGGACGCCCCUUACCCUCUCCAAAUGACCUCAAACGCAAAAUCCUCAUCAAAAACAAACGCUUGAAACCUGAAGUUGAACAGAAGCAGCUAGAAGCCUUCAAGAAACACAUGGAGGCAGGAGAGACAAACACCCCCGCCAUCAUUAUGGGAGAAGAGAAUGAAGAGGACACAGAGAACGGAGAAAAGGAGGCGGAGGACAAGGACUUGAAUUCAGAGGCGGUCAGCAGUCUGUCAGAGGCGACCGCUGAGAAAGAGGCCAAUAGCGUCUCCAAGAGUAACGCCGUCAGCCUGACGAAAGACGAACGCAACAGCAUCAAGAAGGUGCCGGACGAUGAAGCCACGGAGAUGUCUGAAGCCACAGAAGCGACAGACGCCACAGAUAUCUCAGAAGCAUCUGACCAAGACAAUAACAAGAAGGCUGUAGAAGAGCCGGAGGACUCUGAAGAGGCUCUGAUCGCUCAGUACACUUACGUAGGAGCCACCACUAACAUCCACCCGUGGCUCUCAGCGAUGGUCAACUACGCUCAGCCCGUCAAGUUCCAGAGUUUCGAUGUGGCAGAGGAAAGGAACAUCCACCAUAACAUGUCGUCCUUUAACGAGUCCGUCGGUUUGGGCUAUCUGAAGACCAACGCCAUCGAGUUCGUCAACUACAACAAGCGUCAGAUGAGCCGUAUCUACCCCAAAGGGGGCCGGGUGGACUCCAGUAAUUACAUGCCUCAGAUCUUCUGGAACGCAGGCUGCCAGAUGGUCUCACUCAACUUCCAGACCCCAGAUCUGGCCAUGCAGUUGAACCAGGGAAAGUACGAGUACAACGGCUCCUGCGGGUACCUGCUGAAGCCCGACUUCAUGCGGCGGUCGGACAGGAUGUUUGACCCGUUCUCAGAGACUCCUGUGGACGGAGUAAUCGCUGCAACCUGCAGCGUACAGGUGUUCUCUGGACAGUUCUUGUCGGACAAGAAGAUCGGCACGUACGUUGAGGUGGACAUGUACGGGCUGCCGACCGACACCAUCCGCAAGGAGUUCCGCACACGUAUGGUGAUGAACAACGGAUUGAACCCGGCCUACAACGAGGAGCCCUUCGUCUUCAGAAAGGUGAUCUUACCGGAUUUGGCAGUGCUGCGCAUCGGCGUCUAUGACGACAACAACAAGCUGAUUGGCCAGCGCCUCCUGCCUCUGGACGGCCUGCAAGCCGGCUACCGUCACAUCUCGCUGAGGAACGAGGGCAACAAGCCGCUGUCGUUGCCCACCAUCUUCUGCCAAAUCAUCCUCAAGACGUACGUGCCCGACGGCUUCGGAGCCAUCGUGGACGCCCUGUCGGACCCCAAGAAGUUCUUAACCAUAGCGGAAAAAAGAGCUGACCAGAUGAAGGCGUUGGGCAUCGACACGAACGACAUAGCGGACGUCCCCAGCGGGAGCUCGAAGAACGACAAGAAGGGAAAAGGCAAAGGAGACACCGUGAAGGCCAGCGUGACUCCUCAGGCCAGCUCCGACAUGGCCCACACCUCCAACUCCGCCCAGAAUAACACGGCAGAAACCAAGAAAGAUAAUACACUGGUGCCUAAUGUCAGCAUCGACGACCUAAAACUGAUGAAGACGUACCUGAAAUUGAUAAAAAAGCAGCAGAAGGAGCUCAACAGCCUGAAGAAGAAACAGUCAAAGGACCAAACCACAAUGCAGAAGUCCCACUGCACCCAGGUAGACAAGAUGGUGUCUCAGCACGAUAAGGAGAAGACCACCCUGGAGAAGCUGUUGGAGAAGGCCAUCAAGAAGAGAGGAGAAAACAACUGCCAAGAGCUCAAGAAAGAGACGGAGGAUAAGAUCCAAACACUGGUCGCCGACCACAAAGUCAAGGUGAAGGACAUCACGGCGCUGCACACUAAGGAGUGGUCCGAGCUGCUCGGCGGCCACAGCGGCGAGGAGCAGGGCCUGAAGGACGCGCACGUCACGCAGCAGUGCGAACACCUCAAGAAGCUCCUGACCGCCGUGCAGGAGCAGCAGACCACGCAGCUGAAGCUCAUCCACGAACGGCAGAGCAAAGAGAUGCGCGCCAACCAGGCCAAGAUGUCCAUGGAGAACAGCAAAGCCAUCAGCCAGGACAAGUCCAUCAAAAACAAGGCCGAGAGAGAGAGGAGAGUACGAGAGUUAAACAGCAGCAACACCAAGAAGUUCCUGGAUGAGAGGAAGCGGCUGGCCAUGAAGCAUCAGAAGGAGAUGGAGCAGCUAGAGAAGAACCAGCGAGAGCAGUUGGAUAAACUGGAGAAGUUCAACGAGCAGCUUUUGAAAUCACACCAUGCAAACAAACAGGUUCAAGGCCAGGGACAUGCAGCAGAUGGUGAAGUUGGAGGAGGAGAUGGACCGCAGACCUGCCACGGUGGUGUGAGCGACUGACGCUGAGAGAGGAGAGCGCACGCACACACACACACACACACAAACGUUCACGCACAAACACUCUGCCGCAUAAAGCCCUCUACAACCCGCAGACAUUAACCCUGCCUGCAUCGCUAUGAGUAUUUCUAUCACACACACACACACACAGUGGCCCUCUGACCUUCACCUGGCGUCACGCCGCUGAGCCGUGGUGCUUAACCACGGUCACGGGGUUUAACCACUGAGACCAAAGUGAGAAAACACACAGUCACAUGUACCUUUCUAGAUGUUCUGUCAUCUUCAAUCUUCUCUGCAUCCUCACAAGCUGCAGCUAUUGUUGGACACGCCCACAGACACGCCCACAGACACGCGCAUUCACAGACUUUACUUUUUUUUUUUAAUUUUUAUUAUUGUCGAAGAAGUAGUUUGGAAGAGGGGAAAAGAAUACGUGUGAGAUUUAAUGUCAUGUCUGCACAAAUUAAUAAACUCUUUGUGAAAUACACUGUAUACUACACAGGGGUCCCGUCCUGAGCACCUCGUAUAGGCAUCAUAACCACGUGGAACAUGUAGCAGUGCACUACUGUAGGUUUUCUGUCUUCAGUAAGAAUGUAUUUAAAACUAAUAAUCAGCGUAUGAAGGACGAAGCCCGGAGCCACCGCGAUGAAGUUAUAUGACUUCUGUGUCCAUGUAAAAGCCAAAUAUAUAUAAAAGGCUUUUUAUUUUGCCGAGUCAGAAGACUAUAAAGGGAUCACGAUGGGAUGGAUGCUGGCUUUGUUCGUGGCCACUACGCAGUCAUAAACUUCUACUUGAAAGUGGCGUGACGGCCAUUUUGGGCUCAGUCGUGUAGACUAUGCAAAAAGAAAUCACGAUUCCCACCAGAGGUUAAAAGGUGUACAAAAUACAGAAAAGAGCGACCAAAAGGAGUAAAAAAAAAAAUGAAAAUAUGGUGAUAUAAUAAAGGGAACUAUCUGCAGUAAAUUCAAAGGUUAAGAUGGAUAGAAUGAAACAAAAUGAAUUGGCUCUUGAUUUGGCGCCCAGUAAUUCCACGGUAAUGCAUUGUGUCAUGUGACCAGACGAGAGCUUGAGAAGUCGCUCUCCCGCUCCUUAAAGGCAUUGACCAAGCAAAGUGCUCCCUUAAUAGCUCCUCGACUGCGCGGCAGCAGCCUCGGCUCUUCGUCCUCAGCUCUUCAUCCUCCUCGGGGACGUCGGACUGAAUGACGCCGCGUUUCUCACGACGCCGCGUCCGCCCGGGCCUGUGACCCCGAACCUGAUCCCCACCAGAGAAGCACCGUGGUGAAGGGAGAAAACAAAAAGAAAGUUCUAUUAUGAAGUAAUCCUUUUGAGUAUCGACACUUGUGCACAUAUGGUCCGGCACUAUCGUUGCAUGGCGCACCACUAACAACAACAACAACAACAACAACCAAAAGUGAUGGUUUAAAAACAUGGGGAUAAAAGCACCUUGAGGUAUUCGGGCCUUUCUGUAUUAUUCUGCUGUGUCCCAUCAAAGGGUAGACGGGCGGAUAUUGUAAAUACUGGAAUGUACGUAGACUGAUUUACUGUUCGACCCGCCGUGUUCUGUCAUAAAGGGCUCCGGGGACGCGGUGGCGCCGCUGGAUGUCGGGGGAAAGACAUUUAUCAAACCGCUGGGUUUCGUCUUUGUUCCGUUUGUCCCGGUUUUGUUUUUUUGUGCCCUCGUUGCGCCACACAACACAGUAUAACGCUCUCACCACAUAUCUAGUGCAGAGAUUAACAAGUAAAAAGUGCUUUUAAAUUUUAUUCCAUCGCUUUCAAAUGUGCCACUCGGUGUCUGUUAGGAUGGUAAAAUUAUUUUAUGAAUGACGAAAUGCCAAAUUAAGGGGUUAUUUAUAUGAAGAUAUAUAUAUAUAUAUAUAUAUAUAAAUGAAUAUAUAUAUUAGAUAUAGUGUAGUUUAAGAUUAUUCUGUUCGUUAGAGGCUUUUUUGCACUAGUUGAAUGUUUCUGUUAUGUGAUUAAAUGUAACCUUUGUCUCAGAAAAGCUGAUUAUUUUUGCAGUGCAAGUCACCGGUUUGAUUUCCUCAGUUUCUAUUGUAUCUCCCUCUUGUUUUCUAUUUGAACUGUAGCUCGUCAACAAACCAUCCUGUGCGUGUUUUUGUAUUUAUAUUGUAUUGUUGAACUCAAAGCAAUGAAAAUACUGUUGUUAUCCAGCUCCUUUAAUACUGUUUUAUAGUAUGUGUACCAAUAAAUCCAGGUGUAAAAUGGGA